CCUCACCGCCGACCUCGACGCCGCAUCUCCGACAUGGGUCUAGCUCCGCUGAUGAACUUCCAGGCCACAAUGUCUCGAACCAUGGGGUACAGAGCUCCCGAAGUGAUCGAGACCCGGAAACCCAGCCAGAAAUCAGACGUCUACGGCUUCCGCGUCCUGCCGCUGGAAGCCCUGACGGGGAAAGCGCCGAUGAGAGGUCCCCCCGGCAGCAGUGGUGCGUACAAUGAGGUGGUGGAUCUGCCGAGAUGGGUGAGGUCGGUGGUGAAGGAGGAGUGGACGACGGAGGUUUUCGAUGCGGAGCUGGUGAGCAGCCAGAGCGUGGAGAAGGAUAUGGUGUAGAUGAUGCAGAUUGCGCUGGUUUGCGUGGCGAAGGUCCCAAGAUGCGUCCCACCAUGGAUAAAGUGGUGAGGUUGGU